ACUGGAAUGAGUCCCCCCUGUCUCCUAUGCAAACUUCUGGACCAUGAGCAGUUCCCUUAGCAGGAACAAGACAGAGGCGCCCCCAUGAAGGCCCUGGACUGGAUGCUUGAAAGGGCUACCUGAAGCAGAACUUUUUCCCAUACUGAAGUCACCAACUGAGGGCAGGAACAGGUGCUCCAUCUUUGGGAUAUCUCUCAGUUCUGACUGGCCUGUGUGUGCCGCCCAUGAACAGAGCUGUCCCAGAGGUGUUCCUCGCAGGUGGAGACCCAGUGCCCCAAGGCCGCACUCGCCGUUGCCUGUCCGCAGUGGAAUCCAGAGAGCAGCUAGAGGAAGAGGAGAAAGAAAAUGAGGAAGAAAAGGAGGGACAAAAAAAAGAGGGGAAUGAUUUCCAUGCUGUACCCCUCCGAAGAUCAGGGGCUUUCCGUGCCCACAGCCACACCUAUGACCCCUUCAAAAGACAUAGUUGGGGGCCUGGCAGGGAGUUCCAGGACCCACUGAGCAGUGGUGGCAAUGUGUGUUUCAGGAGAAGACUGCAGGCAUCGGAAUGCCCAGGCCCCCAGGAAACCCCCUUACUACAGAGUCAAGAAGAACUGGAUACCAUUCUGGGAUCACAGCAGCAGAGUGGCCAACCCUCCCACCUGGACCAUUCAGACUUUCUAUUUCUUCUUGAUUCAGUGUUGGGUCAGGGUUCCUGUCAUCCAUCUGCUGACUCUUUGGACCACUCAGUCACUGGCAUGCUUUCCAAGUCUGCAUCCAUGAGUGCCAUCAAUUGCCUCUUGGAGCGCUCAGAUCCAGACGGACGUUCAUCCCAGUCCUCUGCCACUGACCUCAGCAAACGCUGGAACCAGCUGGAAGGGAACUCAGGUACCUGGGCAGGCUCCUCCCUGCGACGGACCUUCAGCUUCCUCUUCCUCAUGACUGGCAAGUCAAAGGUCCCAGAGAGGAGGAGUGACCUGAGACCAAAUCCAGGUUCCCCCUGCCUAGAGACCCGGGAAAAGGAGAAGAUGAAGGAAGCCAAGGAUGCCCGCUAUACGAAUGGGCACCUCUUCACCACCAUCUCAGUUUCGGGCAUGACCAUGUGCUAUGCCUGUAACAAGAGUAUCACAGCCAAGGAAGCCCUCGUCUGCCCAACCUGCAAUGUGACUAUCCACAACCGCUGUAAAGACACCCUCGCCAACUGUACCAAGGUCAAGCAGAAGCAACAGAAAGCCGCUCUGCUUAAGAACAACACUGCCUUGCAGUCUGUUUCUCUUCGCAGUAAGACAACCACCCGGGAGCGGCCUUCCUCUGCCAUCUACCCCUCAGACAGCUUCCGGCAGUCCCUCCUUGGCUCCCGCCGUGGCCGCUCGUCCUUGUCUUUAGCCAAGAGUGUCUCCACUACGAACAUUGCUGGACAUUUCAAUGAUGAGACUCCCCUGGGGCUGCGUCGGAUCCUCUCACAGUCCACAGACUCCCUCAACAUGCGGAACCGAACCCUGUCGGUGGAAUCCCUUAUUGAUGAAGGUGCAGAGGUGAUCUACAAUGAGCUGAUGAGUGACUUUGAAAUGGAUGAAAAGGACUUUGCAGCCGAUUCCUGGAGCCUUGCUGUGGAUGGCAGCUUCCUGCAGCAGCACAAAAAGGAGGUGAUGAAGCAGCAGGACGUCAUCUAUGAGCUAAUCCAGACAGAGCUGCACCAUGUGAGGACGCUGAAGAUCAUGACCCGCCUCUUCCGCACCGGGAUGCUGGAAGAGCUACAGUUGGAGCCAGGAGUAGUCCAGGGCCUGUUCCCCUGUGUGGAUGAGCUCAGUGACAUCCAUACACGCUUCCUCAGCCAGCUGUUAGAACGCCGACGUCAGGCUCUAUGUCCUGGCAGCUCCCGGAACUUUGUCAUCCAUCGCUUGGGUGACCUGCUCAUUAGCCAGUUCUCAGGUCCCAGCGCAGAGCAGAUGCGGAAAACCUACUCAGAGUUCUGCAGCCGCCACACCAAGGCCUUAAAACUCUAUAAGGAGUUGUAUGCUCGAGACAAACGCUUCCAGCAGUUCAUCCGGAAAGUGACCCGUUCAGCUGUGCUGAAGCGGCAUGGGGUCCAGGAGUGCAUCCUCCUGGUGACUCAGCGAAUCACCAAGUACCCAGUGCUCAUCAACCGGAUCCUGCAGCAUUCCCAUGGGGCUGAGGAGGAGCGCCAGGACCUAACAGCCGCACUGGGGCUAGUGAAGGAGUUACUGUCCAAUGUGGACCAGGAUGUGCACGAGCUGGAGAAAGGGGCCCGCCUGCAAGAGAUCUACAACCGCAUGGACCCUCGGGCCCAGGCCCCAGUGCCUGGCAAGGGGCCCUUUGGUCGAGAGGAACUUCUGCGGCGCAAGCUCAUCCAUGAUGGCUGCCUGCUGUGGAAGACAGCAACGGGUCGCUUCAAAGAUGUGCUGAUGCUGCUGAUGACAGAUGUGCUGUUAUUUCUCCAGGAGAAGGACCAGAAGUACAUCUUUCCUGCCCUGGACAAACCCUCAGUGGUAUCACUGCAGAAUCUGAUUGUUCGGGACAUCGCCAACCAGGAAAAAGGAAUGUUCCUGAUCAGCGCAGCCCCGCCUGAGAUGUAUGAGGUGCAUACAGCAUCCCGGGAUGACCGGAGCACCUGGAUCCGUGUCAUUCAGCAGAGUGUGCGCGUAUGCCCAUCCAGGGAGGACUUCCCCCUGAUUGAAACUGAGGAUGAGGCUUACCUACGGCGGAUCAAGAUGGAGCUGCAGCAGAAGGACCGCGCGCUGGUGGAGCUGCUGCAGGAGAAGGUCGGGCUGUUUGCUGAGAUGACCCACUUCCAGGCAGAAGAAGAUGGCGGCAGCGGAAUGCCCCUGCCCACCCUGCCCAGGGGCCUUUUCCGCUCAGAGUCCCUUGAAUCCCCUCGUGGCGAGAGACUGUUACAGGAUGCUAUCCGUGAGGUGGAGGGCUUGAAAGACCUGCUGGUGGGACCUGGAGUAGAGCUGCUCGUGACACCCCGAGAAUCAGCCCUGCCCUUGGAACCAGACAGCGGUGGUAACACAAGUCCUGGGGUCACUGCCAAUGGUGAGGCCAGAACUUUCAAUGGCUCCAUUGAACUCUGCAGAGCUGACUCAGACUGUAGCCAGAAGGAUCGAAAUGGAAAUCAGCUGAGAUCCCCACAAGAGGAGGCGUUACAGCGGUUGGUCAAUCUCUAUGGACUUCUACAUGGCCUACAGGCGGCUGUGGCCCAACAGGACACUUUGAUGGAAGCUCGUCUCCCCGAGGGCCCUGAGCGGCGGGAGAAGCUGUCCCGAGCCAACUCUCGGGAUGGGGAGGCUGGCAGGGCCGGGACAGCCCCUCUGGCUCCUGAAAAGCAGGCCACAGAGCUGGCACUGCUGCAGCGACAACACGCACUGCUGCAAGAGGAGCUGCGGCGCUGCCGAAGGCUAGGCGAGGAACGGGCCACUGAGGCUGGCAGCCUGGAAGCCCGGCUCCGGGAGAGUGAGCAGGCCCGGGCGCUGCUGGAGCGGGAGGCGGAAGAAGCUCGCAGGCAGCUGGCCGCCUUGGGCCAGACUGAGCCACUCCCAGCUGAGGCCCCCUGGGCCCGCAGGCCUCUGGAUCCUCGGAGGCGCAGCCUCCCAGCAGGCGAUGCCCUGUACUUGAGUUUCACGCCCCCUCAGCCCAGCCGAGGACAUGACCGCCUGGAUCUGCCUGUGACUGUUCGUUCUGUCCACCGACCCUUUGAGGACCGUGAGAGGCAGGAGCUGGGUAGUCCAGAAGAGCGACUGCAAGACAGCAGUGACCCUGACACCGGCAGUGAGGAGGAAGGUAGCAGCCGUCUGUCUCCACCCCACAGUCCACGAGACUUCACUCGAAUGCAGGACAUCCCGGAGGAGACGGAGAGCCGCGAUGGGGAGCCUGUGGCUUCAGAGAGCUAAGGGGGCCCCUCUCCCCUGUGCUGCACCCCACUGAAGAACAUUACUGAGGGGGGCAAACCUUGGUGACUCCAAUCUGCCAAUGAUGAGGGAACGAUUGAAAGAACUGCUGAUUGUCCUUGCCAGCUCUUGGAAUCCUUGGAUACCUGGGGCCAUUUAGCAAGCUGGGGGAUUUAGGCCACAAUAUCCCCUUGGUGGCAUCCAAAAACGACACCACAGAUGCCAAUUUUUCAUGCCUUCUUCCCUCUACUUUAGGAAAAUUUAUUUAUUUAUUGUUUAUUAGUUAUGGGGGGAGAGGGGAGAUUUAAAGGACCAGGGACAUGGGAACCAAGCCAUAGGGAUCAGGGGGCCUUGUCCUUUAACACUAUACUGGGGUACAUUCAGGCUUAAUCAUGCAGUUGAUGGGUUCUAGCCCUGACACCCUCCCCAGCAAUACACAUCUUUGACAAGAGGCUACAGCCACAGGACCCUACUGCCCCUUUAAGGAGGGCUGUGGGCAGGGCCAUAUCCCUCUCCCUGCUGCUCUCUUCCACCUCUUACUACUGUUCUUCCUUCUCUCCAUCCUCCAGGAAACCCCAGGGAGAUAACCUGGCUUCCUAGAGUUGAUGGCCUAGAAGUUAGGGUGGCCAUAAUGGUUUAUUGGGGGUGAUGGAGAAAACCCACAGGGACCAGAAUGUUUUACUGUUCUUUUCUUUUUUGUACCAAAGCCAACUGCACGUGUUUUAUACUUUUAAGAGAAGAUUGUAGGCAGUUAGAGAUCGUAGCCUUCUAUUUCCACCUCUGAACUUGAGAGAGGAAUGGGGAGACAGUGACUUCUCCCUUCAUCUAUAGUAAUGGGGCUCCUAUCUGACCCUCUUCAUCAGCCAUUUGGAAAAAGUUCUAGGGUAGGUUGGGAAAUCUGUGUGAAUCCUGACUUUGUCUCCCACCUCGGCAACCAUAACCUGAAACCUCAGAGUGAAUUUGGGGGAUUUAUCAGUGGACUCCCCCAAUGCCCACCAGCUCCAACCAUUUUUCUGCCAAUAUGAUUGUUUAAAAAAAAAAAAAAGGAAAAAAAAAAAAAAAAGGAAAAGGAAAAGAUCAAGCAGGGAAAAUUAAAGACCUGAAACCCCGUAAGGUGCUGUCUUGUAAUAUCUGCUCAUUCUGAGGGUGAUGGUAACAGAGCAAGCCAGGCAGUGACCCAGAUUCUUCUGUAUGGGUCUCAGCAUCUCACCAGAAGGGCCCUCUGCCUCACUGAAGAGAGGGGGCACUAAUGAAUGAAGCUGCUACAAAUCUUUUAAAAUGCACAAUUAUUUGGACAUGGUGGCACACGCCUGUAACCUCAGCUACUCAGGAGGCUAAGGCAGGAGAAUCCAAGGUCAAGGCCAGGCUGGGUACUGAGUGAGAUCCUAUUUCAAAAUUAAGAAAAAGGGCUAGCCAGGCACAGUGGAGCAUGUGUGUAAUCCCAGCAGCUCAGGAGGCUGAGGUAAGAGGAUCACAAGUUCAAGACCAACUUCAGCAACUUAGCA